GGGCUCCUGCUCCUCCUCCUUCCUUCCCCGGGCCUGGGCUGAGCUGAGCUCCGGGCACGGGGAGAAGCUCGGAGGUGAUUGCUCGGUGGGCGAAGGCGGCCACCGGAAAGAGGCCCUCAGAAACUGCAGUUACUGGAGGGAAGAAGGAGGAUUGGAGGAGACGGUGGCAGCGGCAGCGGGACAAGCUUCAAGAAGUUAGAUUAUAAGUAUUUGAGAAGAUGGUUAGAUCACGAUCAAGAUCACCAAGAUGGAAACGAAGGUCUUUGUCUCCUGUCUUGAGGGGUCAGGAACAUGACAGACAGAGGCACAAUCACAUUAAUUAUGACUGUGAAUACAAGGUUUUUCGGAAAGAUCUGAAGAAGCCUACGCCUUGGAGAGUGGAAGAUGGGAAGCAUGGACAAGCCAAUUCUAGAUAUGUACCACAUGAAGCUAACCACCACCGACUUCAUGAAUGUAGGUCAUAUUCACCAACUCUGAAAAGAAUUCCUUCUGAAGACAUACAUAGUCAUAAACCUUGUAGAACACAUUCACCCGAAAGGAAUGAAAAUAUCAGAAGAGUCCCGUUUCCUUCCAGAUAUUCAGAAAUGUCCCGCAAAGAACACAAUCAAUCUUUCUAUCCAUCCAAAUCACGUGUCAGAGAGAUGCAUGAAGACACCCGAGCUGUUGGAAAUGAAAAAGGGAUGAAGACUUUUCAUAGGCCAUUAGGGACUUCCUGUAAGUUUGAAAGGAAGUGGAGUGAAAAUGACUUGAGGUACCACCAGUUGCAAGAAGACAAGACUACUCAAUCACCUCGAGGAUUUUCUAAUGAAUUUAUGCCAAGGAGCUCUUUCCAGAAGAGGUAUCCUGAAGAUCGUGAAUACAGAGAAUAUGGGCAUACGUCUAAAAGGGUUAAAGAAAUGGAGAGGUAUGAUGAUAGAGAAAUAGCAAGCAAUUCCAAGUGGAAGCAAGAUCAUUCUUCUACACCCAACCAAGAUAAGGGAGAAAAAAGAAAUCUUGGUCUUCAAACUCAUCGGCCUGUUGAAAAGGAGUACAGUGACAGUUGUCCAACCAAGAUUACAUAUGACUAUAGUCAUAAACGUCAUAGACAUCCAGAUAGAGGAAAAUAUAUUUCUGAUGAAAGAAGAGAAAAAUAUAUCAAGUUAGAAGACAAGAAAUACACUUAUCAUAAAGAAGCUUGGAACAACAGCAAAUAUUCAGAUUACUAUAGCAAUGAAAGAGUGAAUCAUUCAAAGGAACCUCAUACUGAAGUAACAGCGAAAUACAUUACGGGAAAAGGCAGCAAUUUGUGUUUCAAAAAUGAUGCUGGUCUAUUGCCCUUUGAUCAAAAAGAGAAGGAAAAGAUAAAGAAAGAUGUGGAUUUUAGGGGAAGAAUAGAUUUUUCCAAUAGUCACCAGCAUGAUACCCAUCAUAACCUUUCAGAUGUGAAAGUUUCAGAUAUCCAUACUAAGAAGGAAAAACUUACCAUCAAAGUGGAUAUGAAGAAAGCAAUAAAUAAGUACAGGAGUGCUUCUAGUCAUAUCAUGGAGAGGCAGACAUCACGUGACCUAGUAGCUGUGGGUAGAAAAACUGAAAAUUUCCAUCCUGUAUUGGAACAUAUAAAAUCUGUGACACAGAAGAUAGAACAAAAUCCAUCAAAAGAAUUUGCUCAGGAAAUCAUCACAAUUAUCCACCAAGUUAAAGCAAAUUAUUUUAAAUCUUCUGCUCUAACUUUACACGAACGGUUCUCAAAAAUACAAGAUAAACCAGUGGCAAAUGAAGUUAAAAGACAAUCAGAUCCAGAAAUUCACAGGAGAAUUGAUAUGUCUUUGGCAGAACUUCAGAAUAAACGGGCUAUUUCAUGUGAGUCUGGACAGAGUGUUGUGAGAGUUCUAGAAGAUCCAAAUGAUCUAAGACAUGACAUAGAGAGGAGAAGAAAGGAGAGGUUACAGAAUGAAGAUGAGAAUACCUUUUAUGUUGAUGGUGUAUCACAGAGGGAUGAACAUGGUUGUAGCUUUCCAAAAUUACGAAACUCUCAAACAUUUGGAUUCCAGAAAUCUUCAAGAUUCCUAAAUCCACCUUUCAGGAAGUUUAUUAGGAAACCUCACAUGAAUCAUUAUUAUACUGGAAAGUCACGUGAUGACAUUAUACAUGAGCGAUUUGAAGGCAAUCCAGAAACUUCUCGAAGACCAUUCAAGCCCAAUUUUAUCGAUGGACGACCCCACUUCAAAUCAAACUUAGUACAGAAGGGCUUAUAUAUACAGGCUAAAUAUCAGCGAUUACGUUAUGCUGGAGCAAGGGGCUUUACCACUAAUAAAACAAGAGGAGGAUUUUUGAGGAAAGAACAGGGCCUGGAAAUCUGAGCUGCAACUCUGAAGUAGAGAUGUCUGAUUAAAAUGAUUGCUGCAAGGGAGCCUUUGUCUGCAUUUGACAGCUCUGUCAAGAAUUGAAAUGGAAAAAAUCGGAACUAAUACUUUAACUUUUCUUGAUAAAGAUUUUAUUUUUUGGUAGUAUAAUGUUGCAGAACUUUUUUACAGUUUUAAUAAUGGCUUUUCAAAAAUAGCAUUCAACUGAACAUUGUAGGAUUGUUCCUUUUAGUUCCUCUUGCAGGCAAGUCUGAAAAAACAAACUGAAGGGAGUCCUUAUUUAUUGAAUACCUUUUUUCUCCCUCUCAGCAUGGUUCUCUUACUACAACUUGAGUUGUUAUACACAGAAGUUUAUAUGUUCAAAGUUUAUUGCUUAUAUAAUAAAACAAAAAACAAACAAGUGCCCAUG